GAAUUCAGACAAAAGCAUUCAUCAUGGGUGAGAUCAAAUGUUUAGAAUAUGUGGACGAUUCGAUCCAUUGCAUUCCAACUCGCUUGGUUGAUGACAACGCCAUUCUGCUGCGAGGGACAGUCGAAUACCCAUUCAACCCCAGUUUUGGACUUGAUCUCUAUCCUGUCCAUUCCCCGGCCAAUGAAAUUAGUAUCGUCUCUAGAUAGCAACUGCUACAGCACCUCUGCGAUGCUUUGAAAAGACAAAUUUAGAUAAUUCAACCGACCAACUAGGCGGGCGGCCGACCUUGACAUCUUCCGUUGCAUCACCUUGCCGCCGCCGUCCCUCCGGUCUAUUUAUUCCGAUAAAUCCAAGGAGAGCAACGCCAUGGCUGCAGGCUCUCAGGGUCACCAAUUUCUCUCUCCCCGAAUCCAUGACGAAGAUGUGCUCUCUGUUCGAUCCCUGUCCGAUCGAGAGUCUGACUCGGAAGACGACAAUGUCCUCAGCGCCGCGCGGGAUUCGGGAGACAUUGCUCGACAUGACCGCUCUGUCCUGGAGGAGGAGGAAGAGCGAGAGAGACUGCUAACAGGCGGAAGCAGUGCUGGCGCAGGCUUUAGACGCAUGUUCAGCGGUGGUAACCAAGGCCCAGAGAGAGUCAGAAUCGGAAAAUCAGAGCGCAAACGGCAAAAGAGGCGGGAUCGAAGAGCUGCACGGCGACCGGGCAAAGGCAAACAUGGCACCAGGGAAUUAAUGUUUGAACUGGAAGAGGGGGGACUUCGGACAGAUACAGGAUCCGACAUCUCGGGCGCAUCAUCCUCGGAGAUUGACAGGAGGAGACUCCGCAGUGUCUACAAAGAGCGGCCUCGGCGCACACGACGCACAACACUACUUAUCUUUCAUGCUGCAGCUGUCGUGCUAUUUCUUAUCUUCCUCCUAUUCGCAUACAAACUAUCCAGCGGCCGCAAAAUGAUUUCCACUACGACGCUGCGAUCGAAUGGCACGUCAUUAUUCGCGCCGACCACAAUACUGAUCUCUUUGGAUGGAUUCCGUGCCGACUUCCUCAAUCGUGGCCUCACGCCCACCCUCAACUCUUUCAUCGAAACCGGCAUCUCGCCACGCUACAUGCUGCCCAGCUUCCCCAGCGUCACCUUCCCGAACCACUUCACCCUCGUGACAGGCCUAUACCCUGAAAGCCAUGGCGUCGUAGGAAACACCUUUUGGGACAAGGAUAUUCAGCAGCAAUUCUCGUCUGUGCAUCCCGAGCGGAGCAUGCAACCAAAAUGGUGGCAAGGGGAGCCACUUUGGUUGACUGCAGAGAAGCAAGGUAUUCGAAGUGCAAUUCAUAUGUGGCCUGGAUCCGAGGCCCACAUCGGUGGAGUCGAUCCCGCUUUUCUCGACAAAUAUAAUGGCUCCGAAGCGCUGUCGCGGAAAGUAUCUCGGGUCUUGGGAUUCCUCGAUCUCCCUGGCGAACAAGAUCCGAAGGGCAUCACCGACGAGAUCCGGCCCCAGUUCAUCGCCGCUUACGUUCCGAUCGUGGAUCGCGACGGCCACAAGUACGGUCCUAAUAGCACAGAAAUCCGCGGGACCAUCUCUCACGUAGACGACAUGUUGCAUGACCUUUUCGUUGGACUGGAAGAACGGAACCUGACAAAUAUUGUCAACGUUGUAGUUGUUUCCGAUCAUGGAAUGGCUACAACGUCCACCGACCGGCUCAUCCAGCUCGAGGAUCUGGUUGAUCCAGACCUUCUAGAACACAUUGAUGGAUGGCCGCUCUACGGUCUCCGGCCCAAAGAUCCGCAUGAUCUCGAAAAGCUGUAUAACGAGAUAUCCGAGAAGGCGGCAGAAUACCCAAAUAUCGACGUCUAUUUGCGAGACAGGAACAUGCCGGAGCGAUACCAUUUUUCAAAUAACGACCGCAUUGCACCGCUGUGGAUCGUACCAAAGACGGGCUGGGCGAUUGUUACCAAGGCCGAGAUGGAUGUCGAAAAGGCAAAAGCAAAUGGUGAAGUGUUUCAUCCUAUGGGCCUGCAUGGAUACGAUCAUGAGCAUCCUCUUAUGAGGGCAAUCUUUGUUGCGAAAGGCCCGUCAUUUCCGCAUAAGCCGAAUAGUCGUCUGGAUGUGUUCCAAAACACCGAAGUCUACAACAUCAUCUGCGACUCCCUCGGUCUCACGCCGCAGCCGAAUAACGGAACACUUCGACUUCCAUUGAAGCCCGUAGGCUUGCACUCCGAUGACGACGCCACUGGACUUGACUCACCGGAUGAUCCGCCGGCGUCUUCGGCAACACUAGGGUUUGACUCCGGCCUUGCCUCUCAUCUCAACACCCUUUUCUCCAGCAUGUCGGUCACUGUGAGCCCCAGUCACCUCAACGCUGUCUCAAAAACCGAAUCAUCUGCAACAGAACCUACCACAGCCGCGUCUAUUGGUGUUGACACGCCAGAGAUUCUUCCGCCUAGACCGACCAUUGUGGAUGAAAACGAUGAUUCUCAGAACAACGCAUUGCCUUCUCCGCCAACACCAGAUGAUAAUGCGCAAGGGCAUGACGCAGCCGACAAGGAAAAAGAAGAAGAUCGGAUCCAGAAAUGGUGGGCUUAUGUUGUUGCUAAACUCCAUGGCGCCAAAGAUUGGGCAGGGAAUCUCUUUGAUGGGAAUAGAUCCAAUUCGACCAGCACAUCAGCGACAGCUGUCCCAUCGCUAGCUGCAUAGUUUCUCGAAUUAUUUGUUUCUUGUUUCUUGUUAUAGAAAUGAUUUUACGAUAUCAUUGAUCCGGGAGUCAUGGUUAGGGUAUACCUUGGGAUAGUUAAUAAUAUUGAACAUGAAUUUUACCUUCCCG